CUCCCAGCCGUCGCUAGUCGCUCGCUCCAUCACCGAUAACCAAGAUCCCAAGACCUCCUCCAGCCUCCUCUGCUCUCGCGCCGGCACCCGCACGCAUGGCUGCCUGUGUCGACAAGUGGCACCCCACGCACGCCGGCCGCCUCACCGGCGCCAUCUACCGCUACUUGCCGGACGGCGCCACGGACCGCGCGGUGGCCGCCGCCGCCGCCGCGCCGGCGUCCGCGAGCGGCGGCGACGACGACGACGUCUGGGACGAGCUGCGCGCGGAGGCGCAGGCCGACGCGGACGCCGAGCCUCUGCUCCGCAAGUACUACGCCGACCUCGUCCUGUCGCGCCCGUCGCUGGAGGCCGCCCUCGCCGCGCACCUGUCGGCCAAGCUCUGCGUCCCCGGCGCGCUGCCGCAGGACGCGCUCCGGGACCUCCUGGCCGCCGCACUGGCCGCGCGCCCGGAGUCCGGCCGCGCCGCGCGCGCCGACCUCCGCGCGGCGCGCGACCGCGACGCGGCCUGCGGCCGGAUGGUGCACUGCUUCCUCUACUACAAGGGCUUCCUCGCCCUGCAGGCGCACCGCGCCGCGCACGGGCUGUGGUGCGAGGGCCGCUCCGCGCCGGCCUUCCUCCUCCAGAGCCGCGCGUCCGAGGUGUUCGGCGUCGACAUCCACCCCGGCGCGCGCAUUGGCUCGGGGAUCCUGUUCGACCACGCCACGGGCAUCGUCAUCGGCGAGACGGCCGUCGUUGGGAACGACGUCUCCAUCCUGCACGGCGUCACCCUCGGCGGCACGGGAAAGGAGUCCGGCGACCGGCACCCGAAGGUCGGGGACGGGGUGCUGAUCGGCGCCGGCGCCAGCGUGCUCGGCAAUGUGCGCGUUGGAGCCGGGGCGAAGAUUGGAGCAGGGGCGGUCGUGCUACGGGACGUGCCGGAGGGGACCACGGCCGUCGGGAACCCCGCCAAGGCGGUCGGGAAGAAGGCGGCGCCGCAGCGGCGGCCGGAAGAGCAGCCUGGGGUCACCAUGGAGCAAGGGUGGUCGGACUACGUGAUUUGAUAACUUCCAGAGGGUCUGUUUGCAAAUAUUUAGUGCAGGAGAGUUUCCCUCCCAGAAGAUAUUUAGUCAAGUCGUUAUUGAGAGAUAGGUGCAUUGCCGUUGCUGCAUUGCAUAAAGAGGGAGCUCAAUUAGGCAUUGAGCCCUAGAGCAACUCCAUAUUUUUCUUUGUUUUGCGUGAGGGGAAUAACAAUACUAUAUGCAUCUGAUAAGUUAUCGGUUGCUUGU